AUGGCGACCAGGGUCAUCAGGAAGUUCUUCGUGGGCAACCUUCCGUGGACGGUCGGUUCUCGUGAGCUCAGAACCUACUUUUCCGAGUUUGGGCCCCUGGUGUCUGCCAACAUCAUAUUCGACCGCAACACCGGCAUAUCUCGCGGCUAUGGCUUCGUGGUUUUCAGCUCUGACGUAGGACUUCUGCAGCUGUACGGACUGUACAAGCAAGCGAUCGCCGGUCCGUGCAGCAUCCCUAGACCUAGUUGGUACCAGUUGCAGGCAAAGCAGAAGUGGGAUGCAUGGAAGGAGCUGGGAGAAAUGUCUUCAGAAGAUGCGAUGGAGCAGUACGUGGGACUCGUCAGGGAACUCGACCCGGGCUGGGACGACAGCUCCGAGCUGGAGACAAGCAAGCACAAGAUCGGUUGGGUUUCCGUGAGCUCCAUGCCGAAGCCCGACGACGUGGUGGAAGCAGAGAAGACGGUGUUUGACUGGGUCAGGGAGGGCAAUGUCAGCAAACUAGAGGAAUGCAUGGAUAAAACGGAAGCGAAUGCAGACAUCGACCGUCGAGAUGCUGACGGAAUGGGUUUGAUUCACUGGGCGGCCGACAGAGGCCAUGCCGCGGUGCUGCAGUUUCUGGUCCACGAGUUGCAUGCAGAUGUGGAUCUGAGAGAUCGGGACGGGCAGACUGCGCUGCACUAUGCUGCAUCUUGUGACCACAGUGAAGCUGUGAAGUGGCUGCUGGCUGCAGGAGCCUCUUCCACGAUCGCUGACAGUGACGGCCUGACUCCUGUGGAAGUGGCAGGCAGCGAGGAUACUGCUAACCUUUUUCAUUCUUGUGGAAAUAAGUAA